UCCGCCUCUCGGCUUCCUCCCUUCCAAAGCUGCAGCAGCGGCGGCGGCGGCGCUGGGGCUCGUCUUUCGCCGGGCUGCUUGCGCGAUGUGAGCCUGUGGAUCGCAGAAGCGGCGGGCGCAGCGCGAUGGAGCGCACCAAGUUGUUCGUGGCGCUGGAUGUGCUGUGCCUGGUGGUCGCCUCACUUCCUUUCGCCAUCCUGACCUUGGUCAAUUCUCCUUACAAAAGGGGUUUCUACUGUGAGGACACUUCCAUCCAUUAUCCCCACAAGCCAGACACCAUUACGCACGGGGUGAUGGCUGGCGUGACCAUCCCCUGCACCGUUUUUAUAAUUUCCGUAGGCGAGGCUUACCUGGUCUACACCGAACGCUUGUACUCCCGUUCCCAGUUUAACAAUUACCUGGCCGCUCUCUACAAAGUUAUUGGGACGUUCCUGUUUGGCAGCGCCGUCAGCCAGUCGCUGACUGACUUGGCCAAGUACACGAUCGGCCGCCUGCGCCCCAAUUUCCUGGCCGUCUGUGACCCAGACUGGACCAAAAUGAAUUGCUCGGUUUACAUCCAGGUGGAAGACGUGUGCCAGGGCAACUCCAAAAGCAUCACAGAAUCCAGAUUGUCAUUCUAUUCUGGACAUUCUUCCUUCGGGAUGUACUGCAUGAUGUUUUUAGCGCUCUACGUUCAGGCCCGCCUGGUUGGCCGAUGGGCCCGGCUGUUGCGCCCAACUAUCCAGUUCUUUCUCCUCUGCUUCGCCAUCUUUGUGGGCUACAGCCGAGUGUCAGACUACAAGCACCAUUGGAGCGAUGUCCUUGUUGGCCUCCUGCAGGGAGCACUCAUUGCUAUCCUUACGGUCCGCUAUGUUUCCGACUUCUUCAAGGAGAGGCCCCAGUCAUCGUGUGCAGAACAGGACCUUGGGCGUAAACCCAGCAUCCCCCUGCCGCUAAGCGAGUCGGAGUGUAACCACUGCAACUAUCAGGUCUCUAUGUGACCGGGGCGAUUUUGAAUUGGUUCGAUUCCAGCAGCGACCAUCUGAUCUGCCUUUAAUCCGGUAUUUUCUACUUUCCUUUGGAACUCAUCCAACGAAGAGGGGAAACCGGAAGAUUUGGGGUUUUUUUUUCCCUUUCGUUCUUCUUUUUCGUUCGUUUUUAAACCAUUUUUUUUUUAUUAUUAUUAUUAUGCCCGAUGCCACUGCACAGCACGACACAACACACGUUUGACACUUGGAAAUGCCUGCCUCACCGCCACGUAAGCCAAAGACCAAGGCAGAAUCUGAAAAACGUUCCAGCUUUUUUUUUUUGUUUUUUUGUUUUAAUCUCUUGCUGAAAAACUUCUGGACAAGCCUGCUUUUUCUGUGUGGGGUUAAUAAUAAUAACACGCCGGUGUAUAUUUCGACGUUUUAUCUGGACUUCGCUCUUGGCUUUGCAAAAGUUUGCAACGGCUUGCUUUGCAACAGUUAGCGGGUAUCUGAUAAUUCUCUCUCUCCCCAAAACCCUGGAAGGAUUCCUCAAAAUUGAUAUGGUGUUUUUUAAUACCUUUAUGUGGGUUUUUCCCCCAUUUCCCCCCUUUUAGGGGCCUGAUGGGGAAUUUAAAGGAAGUUUGUGUUUGAAUGCAGACAAACCUUCAGAAAUGACCUAGUAUGUGAAAUAUUUGCUCUGGAGUGUCCAAUCUUGACAGUUUUAAAACCGAUGGACUUCAACUCCCAGAAUUCCCCAGUCAGCCAUGGCUGACUGGGGAAUUCUGGGAGUUGAAGUCCACCGGUCUUAAAGUUGCCAAGAUUAAAUAUCCCAGAUUUGCUCCGUAAAAAAAGCAAAUUGUCACCCGGAUAAUAUCUUAAAAUUUAGUCCGGGUUGAGAGGCCAUAAGAAGUACCAAUACUGGACAUCAGUGAUGUUUAUUAAACUGCUAAAAUGAGGCAAUAUCUUUCCGAUAUCAAAUUUUUGUACAGGCGGGUUUGCGUUUCCCAAUGGAUAAAAUCAAGCAAGAUUGAAUAAAAUUGAAACGGAAUUUUUUAAGUC